UCUGGCAGGCGGGGUCUUCUGCGCUUCUGAUGCAAUCCCUCUUUGUUUCCUCACGUCUUGUUAUUAUAGUGAUCUUCGGUUUAGUCCGUUAGAUGAUGAUCGUGGCAAACAGCUUCAGAAGAAGUCCCUAAAUAACCCCCUAAAUCUCCAUUUAUCGGCCAGAAUGAACGAGAUUAGUAAACUAGAGACGGAAGAACUGCUCACAUGUCUGCAUAUCCAACUCUUCCACCCUGAUCAAGCCGGCCGUCCUAUCUUCCACAAACUUCCCCUAAAUCACCCACACAAAAUGGACGCUGAAGAUCCACUAAGGUUUGGUCGGGAUGGACAAACCUGCACCUUUGUCCUAAAUGACACCUGUGUCUCCAGAAAACAGUUCUCCAUACAGGCGUAUAGGAAAGUCGGAAACCCUAGUUUGAGCUUUAUGAUUCAGAACAUGAGCCAGAAGGGUAAACUCAUGGUCAGUGGGUCUGAGCUGAGACACCUUGAAAGAGCAGAGCUUGAUGACAAGGCCCUUCUCCGGUUUGGGAGAUAUGAACUGCUGAUUUGGCAAGAGCCCGGAGAGUCUCAGAGUAAAUUUGAAGUCCUGUUUGAAACAUGCAUUAGGCCCCCUUCACAGGAAAUGGGCAUAGAUGUGCCAUGCAGUCCAGCGAUUCUGGAUACUGGUGCAGAAUGGAGAAACUUUCAGAAUGGAGCACCGCUGAGUCAUGAACCACUGGAGUCAGAUGAGACAAUAAUAGUAUAGGUGUUUUCCCAUUGCUCUGAUCCAAUGGUCUAGAAUGGUUUGGGCAGGGAUGUUGGUCCUUCCUCUCCCAAAAUCUGAUUGUAGAAUUUGUUUAUUAUUAUCUUUAUUAUUAUUUAAACAGUCAGUGCAUUUUUUAUGUAAUGAGAUCUAGAACUAUAGAUUAUCCUCCAAGUGUACAUACACAUUUCUAUCUUUUCCUUUGGAAUUUCACUGAACUAGUUUUGUUGCCUUUUGUGUUUUUCGAUUGUUUGUCUUCCCUUGUACUGAUAUGUUAUCAUAUUUCACUGAAUGUUAUUGUAUAUUUUUCAUACAUUUGCUCAUAAUUUAAUGCUUUCUAUUAUAUUUGGUGUUAAUCACAUCUGUAUGUUUAGUGUAUUGUGUUGACUGUUACUUGAAAUAUUAAUCACAUGCUUUUGAAAAUGUGAAAUCACAGUGAUUGAAGGCUUAUUAACUGGGCUACCAAGUUUCACCAAAAUUUCAGAGUGUGUUUACGUGGUGUAGCGUGUGAGCGUGUUAACUGGUUGAUCGGUCAAAGUGUGAGACUUGGCAGCUAUGCUUAUUCAUAUAUACCACUUAUAACAUGGUCUAUAUUAACGAAAUAAACUUUUUUUUUAACUUUUUCCAUAUUGCUUUGUAGAAUAAAUGGUAAAUGGUCUGCACUUAUAUAGUGCCUUUUUUAACCUUAGAGGUUACCAAAGGGCUUUACACUGUGUCCCAUUCUCACAUACAUUCACACUCAUACACCAACAAUAGAAUAGUAUAGGUACUUAAACUUAUUUUUCAAAUCUGAGAUAUAAAUAACGUGAAAAGGUGUUAUUCUGUAAAACUAAAAAGUAGGGUUGACAAUGAACAAAGAAAUUCAUUUCUGUGUCACAACGCCUUUUCACUUCAAAACAGUCCUCUUGCAUUCCAGUGCACACAGAGGGUACUGAUAGUGAUCUCUCAGCCUAUUGGUCGAGGUGUUUGUGUGUUGUAAGUCUGUAAAUGGUCACAACUUGAGUGCAGUGGGGGUUAAAGGUGAUCUGCUGAUUGGUCAGUUUAAAUAUAUGAGGUUUGGUUUGAAGUUGAGGAUUGCAACUUGUGCUCCUCCUGAGUUUUAUAGACCAAAAUAUAAUCGUGCCAACAUAUUAAUUUAUUUCAUUACAAAACAAAAAUUGUAUACCUAUAUAUAUAUUUUGAAAUGGAUGACUUGGACUGAAUAAUAAAGAAAAGCAGCUAAUAAGUGGCCAACAUAGAUGGGAACUCCUUCAAUACUGUUUAAAAAGCAUUCCAGGGUGAUUCCUCAAGAAGUUGGUUGAGAAAAUGUCAAGAGUUCAUGUCUGUAAAUUCUAGACAAAGGGUGACUACUUUGAAGAUUCUAAAAUAUAACCAUUUUGAUUUAUUUUGGAUUUUAUAGACACAACAUAAUUAUUUAUGAACAGUAUUUAACAUAUUGGAAGCUGGUGUAAAUAAAGACUGCAUUAUUCUGAAAAUGAAAAGGGUCUUUUAUGAACUGACCAAAAAUGUUUUCAACACAUAGGAGUGCCACACAAAUGGGGCGCCAACAGGGCUGAUCUAAAAUGACCAAAGACCCCCACCCUCCGGAAUUCAAAAAGAAUCAAGGGGGAUUCCAGAAGAAAGUACAGUGGACUAUAAAGGGAUAGGAUCUCAAAAACCAAAGAGAGCAAACUAUCAUGGAGCAAGCACUUGACUUUAAUCUUUAUGUUGCUUCAAAAGCAGUAGGCUACACCUCAAAUAUUGUGCACUUAGUACAGAGCUCACAUGUACAACUGACAGUUGUACAAUGGGACAUUUGGACAUUUUAAAGAAGACUGUACAACUGUUAUGAAAUUAUUUUGCUUUGGUGUUGCUCUUUGGCUUGCCAGCGGCCUUCUUUCCUGGGUUCUUUUGGGAAGCUUUAUUGGGGUCAUUAUCUUGUAUUGGUUUCUUGCAUGUGUGACUGUGGCACGUCCUCAGCUCUCUUGUCAUUUGACACCGUGCACACACAUAUCAGCAGGCCACCAUAAGCAGUCAUUGUAUAGCAAACCUUUAGAGAAAAAUUUAAUAAUACCUAAGAUAUAAAAUGUGAUAUGAAGAGAGGUAAAACAAAAACACACAGGAAACAUGAUGUACAGUAUAUCAACAAAGUUAUGAGAGUUAAAUCAGUCGUACUUGAAUGAACGCAUAUUCUCUAUUUAACAUAGUAGUUCAAAUUCUCUAUUGAAAUAUAGAGGUAAUUUGUAUGUGUGCAAACAACUUGGGAGGGUUAGUUUUAAAAACUAUUCCGCCACAGAUUACAGAAUUCAUGCUGUAAAAUGUAAUUUGUAACAUAUUCCAUUAGAUUACUCAAGGUCAGUAAAGUAUUCUAAAUACUUUGGAUUACUUCUUCAGCACUGGCAGAUGUUUUCACUUGUUUUGACUAUAAACAAUGAAAUAAAGUAAAAAAUACACUUCACUGUAAAAAAUAAAUAUUAUUAAAAAGCUUAAAUAUCUUAUGCAGUUGUUCUACUCAAUUAAAUGUAUCGUGUUUGAAGGAUUUUUAGAUAUUUGUACAAGAAAACAAUAUUUGAAUUCUUUAAGAAUAAGAUCUUAUCUACUUAAUAUCAAACGUUAUGCUCCAAAGUGCAUUUUCGUCAUAGAAUUCAUUCUAAAAUACAAUUUGGUCUGCCGUCUGGUAACAGAUGCAUGUAAAGGCAAGAACUCGCAUUUUAACUUAAAAUUAAGUGCAAUUGCACACGAACAAGUGUUCGUGUGCAAUUUACACGGUUAACUAUUUUUGCUGCUCCAAACUCCAUAACCCCACAGCGAGUACACAACAACAUCCUGUUCUGAUCAUAUGUGGAUUCUGUU